AUUCCACUCCGCUACAAAGUUGCGCCAAAUUCAAAAACAAGAAAGGGACACGCAGAGAGAGAGAGAAGACGUUCACUCCCAGUCUCGGAGAUCACAAUGACAACCUGGAGAAAACAGCACCAGAUCCUGCAGGAAGAAGGCGAUAGCCCGCCAGCCGAUCUGUUCAGGGAGAUGUCCUCGUCCAGCUCCCUUAACACUAUCCGCAUGUCCUUGAGGAAGAGGCUGCCGUUGGGACAAAUGGACUUUAACAUCGACCACACCCCGAGCUGGGAGAGUCUAGAGCUCAGCAAGAAACCUAACGCUUUACAAAGUAUAGGUCGGACUGCGAGGAACACAUGGGGCAACGUCUCUCAGAAACUCCAGAAAAAACGGCAAAGUCGCAGUGAGUCCUUGGUCAUCACUCCUUCAAAGUCUCAAACACCUCAAAGAUGCAGCAGGGUAUCGGCAUCAAAGAAAGGCACUCCAUCAAAGUCCCAUUCGAGCAGGAAGGGAAGAACCAGCGCCACACCAUCCAGUGUGAAUCACACUCCCAAGUGGAGGGAAGUUGCUCGGUUGCUCGACCAGGACGGGCUGCCUCUAAGGAGAUCAGUCAGGUCUGCUGCAUUGAAGAGCCCCUAUGCCUCACCCACUGGAAUUAGUAGGAGGAGGCAGUUCGAUUGUGAUCUGGAAUCAGUGUCUUUUGGAAUUAGACGACUAAAGCGUUUGUCCCAGGUGUUUGAUGAAGCCAUCACCAAGGAGGAAAGGAAACAGACAAUUGAAAAUUAUCAUCACAUUAUGUCGGAAAACAUGCGUCUGUCUAAGAUUCAGGGUCAAAAAAUGUUGGCUUCAUCUUUUAGAAGAAAAGCAAAAAGGCUUCGCUUCACCAUAAGCAGGUGGGCAGAUGUGGCUUUGUCAAGCAUUGCAGAGCAGGGAAAGAGCUUGAACUGAACAAAAAUUGCCAAGUAAAAGCCAUAGAAGACAAUCUUCCUGGAGAGUUUCCAACUACGUGCUGUUUCUGCCUCACUGUUUUUUUUCUGCUUGAGUUUUCUUUCUUCUUCUUUUAUUCUAAACAUGAAUAUAAUUUGUAGAAUUGUAUGGAUAGCUCGAGUAACUUCAUUAUAAUGACUGUCUCAUAAUGACACCUGCUACUUUUUGGUCUCAUCUGCAAAUACGUGAAUUUUACUGCAGGGUGAAGCAUUUAUUCUCCAGUACUUGAACAAAAUUAUUUUGUAUUCUCCAUUUAUAGUCAUUAUCGGUGAAGUAUUAUUUGCUCUGGUUUGGAAUUCUGGCCUAAACUAUUCACUCCAUUCAGGAUUAAAGGUUUUGAGAAAAUGCUGCUGAUGAUGACUAGAGUUAGAUAGUGAUUUAUCAACAAGGUCCUUCUAUCCUAGCAGCAGUUAGUUUAAGGGGGAUGGGACAGGCCUUCUAGAGAUCCCAUUGUCCCUUUUUAUUAAUAGAAUUUCUAAACAAAAUAUUGUGUAAAUGUUGUUUCUCAGCUACCUGAACUAUUUUUUUAAAACAUCAGGUCCAAAAAAGCUUUGUGCGUGAAAAUGAUUGUAAAUUUGCCUUGUAGCAGUAUGAGGUUUUAAAAGAUUACUUAUGAUCAAUAUGCUUUAGAAAUUGAUCACUGCAUGAAGGGAACAAUUUUGUUUUUGGCAAUGACUCUGCAUUUUUAAUACGAAUUAUGCAGCACAAUUUAAAAUUGGAUUAUUAGGAUUAUAGACUGGAAAAUUUAUUUUAGUGUGUUAAUGAAUUAUCAGGCUGCCAUUUAAGUGUUAUCAAAGCAUGUUUAGAAUUUCAUUUCUUUUUAUGACAAGUCUUCCUUGAUCAAGUAUUAUGCAUCAAAUUCCUUUAACCAAAUAUAAAUGAUUAACAACAAAACUCUCGCUUUGAGAGGGAACUGAUGUAUGGGCUAAACUAUAGAUUAACAAUAAAACUCGCUUUGAGAGGGAACUGGUGUUUGGGCUACACCAAAUAUAAAUAUACAUAUAAAUUAUAUUUGUAUUUUAGCAUGUUGCUGAAAUUGGUUUAAUUAUAAUUUGUGCCAAUGAGAUGCUACAUGCAGUUUGCCAAGUGGUGAGGAUAGAUACUUUGUUAAGAGUGAGUGUAUAUUUGUGUUGCUGAACUUUAAAUUCUGGAAUUGGCUAUGAUUCUUACAAUAGCCUGAUCCUGAAUGUGACAUUUCUCAGUUUAAACUUUACUUUUGUAGCUAGUGUCCACUUUCAAUUACUACUGUACAAAGAAAAACAUCACUGGUCCCUUCUUAAAGGACUGGAUUUUAUUUUAUGAAAAGUUAAUUUUUUUGAAAGACUUGGUAGAGAACAAGAUUUGUAAGUGAUUUGAGUGUCCUGUCAUGUGACUUAUGCUGGACUGAAAUAUAGGAGUAAUGGGAUGGGAAUGCAACAGAUUCCAGAAGCUCAUAUCUUUGGUUUUUUUUACCUGUUUUAUGUAAAUUUUCAUUUCUCACUCGCACUACAAUUUUAUUUUUGAUUUAAUUUGAAAUUUGGUGCUGGGUGAGCCACUUACACUCAAAGAACUUGCAUGACAUUGGUUUUUGUAUGUGUCAAUUCAUAUGAAGGAAUUUAAUAUGUAUUUUUUAAUUAACAUAAGCUAUUCAAUGUUAUGGUGCAGUUAAUACAAGUUACCUUAAGUCGUAUGUUUUAAGGAUUCUAAGGUUAGCUGUUGGCUAAGCUUUUUUAUGUAAAGCAUUGUUGUGUUCUACAAUAGUGUAUCUGUUGUGAAAUUUGAACUUUUUUUUAUAUUUGUAACCAAAAUAUUUUUAAUGUUGUAGAAUCUUCUGCUCGCACAAUACAGUGCAAGAUUAUCUAAAUGUCUUUUAAAUUUUGAAAAAAUGAGUUUCAUCAAUAUUGAAAUAAUUUCAAAUAUGUAAUUACCUAUUAAUGAUUAUCAUGGAAUAGUAGGGGAUUGGUUUUCAGCAUAUCAGAGAUUUUGGGAAUUAAUUACAAAUGAUUUUGACUAUUGUAUAAAGAACAUGUUGUUCUCUACUGCCAAGACUAGUAUUCCAUCAUAACUUAUAGGGAUUAUUUUGCUAUGCUCUGCUUCCAAAAGGAAAUUCACAACCAUGUAAUGAUCGGAAAGUACUUUAUGAAUCCAGAAAUAGACUGACAUGUAACAGUGAGUUUAAUGGACUUAAUUUCAAGGGGCUUUCCAGAAAUUGUCAAUGUAAAUGUAUUCACUUUGAAAGCAAUGUUUAUUUCAGAUUGUCUUGUAAUGUUUCAAAAUAUAUAGUCAUUUGAUUAAAUAUUCACAUCUGUAACAAA